GAUCUUUUCGUCCACUCGGACCAUGAAUAGGCAAACAAUUGAAGGAAUACUCAAGCAGGACAAAGUACAACAGCAAGUAGAGGAUGUAUCAUCUGUGAAGCUCGACUGGCCGCCGACUGUAGGUACCUCAAACACGCCAGCAGUUCAGAACGGGCGCACCUCAGUCGACGUACCAGCCGUGAAGAUCAGUGGAGGAGAAGAGAUACAAUUGAAAGCAAACGAGGAGUCCUCAAUCGAGGAAGGGAUCACACUUCCGUCGUCACCUCCUAGUUUCAGCGAUCUCUCCGCCUUUUUUGAUGA